AUGUCUACGGACGCCGAGAUGGCGAUCUUCGGGGAGGCGGCUCCUUACCUCCGAAAAUCGGAGAAGGAGAGAAUUGAGGCCCAGAACAAACCCUUUGAUGCAAAGACAUCUGUCUUUGUGGUACAUGCAAAGGAGUCCUAUGUGAAAGGGAAAAUUGAGAGUAAGGAUGCAGGGAAGGUCACUGUCAAGACUGAAGGUGGAGAGACCCUGACGGUGAAAGAAGAUCAAAUCUUCUCCAUGAACCCCCCCAAGUAUGACAAAAUCGAGGACAUGGCCAUGAUGACCCACCUCCACGAACCCGCUGUGCUGUACAACCUCAAAGAGCGUUACGCAGCCUGGAUGAUCUACACCUACUCGGGUCUCUUCUGCGUCACUGUCAACCCCUACAAGUGGCUGCCGGUGUACAACCCCGAGGUGGUGUUGGCCUACCGAGGCAAGAAGCGCCAGGAGGCCCCUCCACACAUCUUCUCCAUCUCUGACAACGCCUAUCAGUUCAUGCUGACUGAUCGGGAGAACCAGUCCAUCCUGAUCACCGGAGAAUCCGGGGCCGGGAAGACUGUGAACACAAAGCGUGUCAUCCAGUACUUUGCAACAAUUGCAGCCAGUGGGGACAAGAAGAAGGAGGAGCAGACCUCAGGAAAAAUGCAGGGAACGCUUGAGGAUCAAAUCAUCAGCGCCAACCCACUGCUGGAGGCCUUUGGAAAUGCCAAGACCGUGAGGAAUGACAACUCCUCACGCUUUAGUGCCAUUGACAUCCUGGGCUUCAGUGCUGAUGAGAAAACAGCCAUCUACAAGCUGACAGGGGCUGUCAUGCACUAUGGGAACCUGAAGUUCAAGCAGAAGCAGCGUGAGGAGCAGGCAGAGCCCGAUGGCACCGAAGUUGCUGACAAGGCUGCCUACCUGAUGGGUCUGAACUCAGCAGACCUGCUCAAGGCCCUCUGCUACCCCCGAGUCAAGGUGGGGAAUGAAUACGUGACCAAGGGCCAAACUGUGCAGCAGGUAUACAAUUCAGUGGGUGCCCUGGCUAAGUCUGUGUUUGAGAAGAUGUUCCUGUGGAUGGUUGUUCGCAUCAACCAACAGCUGGACACGAAGCAGCCCAGGCAGUACUUCAUUGGUGUCCUGGACAUUGCUGGCUUUGAGAUCUUUGAUUUCAACAGCCUGGAGCAGCUGUGCAUCAACUUCACCAAUGAGAAACUGCAACAGUUCUUCAACCACCACAUGUUUGUGCUGGAGCAGGAGGAGUACAAGAAGGAGGGAAUUGAAUGGGAGUUCAUUGACUUUGGCAUGGACCUGGCCGCCUGCAUUGAGCUCAUCGAGAAGCCCAUGGGCAUCUUCUCCAUCCUGGAAGAGGAGUGCAUGUUCCCCAAGGCAACUGACACCUCUUUCAAGAACAAGCUCUAUGACCAGCACCUGGGCAAGUCCAACAACUUCCAGAAGCCCAAGCCCGGCAAAGGCAAGGCUGAGGCUCACUUCUCCCUGGUGCACUACGCUGGCACAGUGGACUACAAUAUCUCUGGCUGGCUGGAGAAGAACAAGGACCCUCUGAAUGAAACUGUUGUGGGGCUGUAUCAGAAAUCAUCCUUGAAGACUCUGGCCUUGCUCUUUGCAUCUGCUGGUGGGGCAGAAGCAGAGAGCAGUGGUGGCGGUGGCAAGAAGGGCGCCAAGAAGAAGGGUUCUUCUUUCCAGACCGUCUCAGCUCUCUUCCGGGAAAAUUUAAACAAGCUGAUGAGCAAUUUGAGAAGCACACACCCCCAUUUUGUGCGGUGCCUUAUUCCUAACGAAACAAAAACACCUGGUGCCAUGGAGCACGAGCUGGUGCUGCACCAGCUGCGCUGUAACGGCGUGCUGGAAGGGAUCAGGAUUUGCCGGAAAGGGUUCCCCAGCAGAAUCCUCUAUGCUGACUUCAAACAGAGAUACAAGGUGCUUAAUGCCAGUGCCAUCCCCGAGGGACAGUUCAUUGAUAGCAAGAAGGCUUCUGAGAAGCUGCUUGGGUCAAUCGAUGUGGACCACACCCAGUACAGAUUUGGACACACCAAGGUGUUCUUCAAAGCUGGGCUGCUGGGACUCCUGGAGGAGAUGAGAGAUGAGAAGCUGGCACAGCUCAUCACCCGCACCCAGGCCAUGUGUAGGGGUUACCUGAUGAGGGUGGAGUUCAAGAAAAUGAUGGAAAGGAGGGAUUCCAUCUUCUGCAUCCAGUACAAUGUUCGUGCAUUCAUGAAUGUCAAACACUGGCCAUGGAUGAAGCUGUUCUUCAAGAUCAAGCCCUUGCUGAAGAGUGCUGAGUCUGAGAAGGAAAUGGCCAACAUGAAACAAGAGUUUGAGAAAACCAAGGAGGAGCUUGCAAAGUCAGAAGCAAAGAGGAAGGAGCUGGAGGAGAAAAUGGUGGCCCUGGUGCAGGAGAAAAAUGACCUGCAGCUCCAAGUGCAGGCUGAAGCUGAUGGUUUGGCUGAUGCUGAGGAAAGGUGUGACCAGCUCAUCAAAACCAAAAUCCAGCUGGAAGCCAAAAUUAAGGAGCUGACAGAGAGAGCAGAAGAGGAAGAAGAGAUGAAUGCUGAGCUGACAGCAAAGAAGAGGAAACUGGAGGAUGAAUGUUCAGAGCUGAAGAAAGACAUUGAUGACCUUGAGCUAACACUGGCCAAGGUGGAGAAGGAAAAACACGCCACCGAAAACAAGCCCCGUGACCUGGAAGAGGCCACGCUGCAGCACGAAGCCACGGCUUCCGCCCUGCGCAAGAAGCACGCGGACAGCACAGCUGAGCUGGGGGAGCAGAUCGACAACCUGCAACGCGUGAAGCAGAAGCUGGAGAAGGAGAAGAGUGAGCUGAAGAUGGAGAUUGAUGACUUGGCCAGCAACAUGGAGUCUGUCUCUAAAGCCAAGGCAAAUCUGGAGAAGAUGUGUCGCUCCCUAGAAGAUCAGCUCAGUGAGAUUAAGACAAAGGAGGAGGAACAGCAGCGCAUAAUUAAUGACAUUAGUGCUCAAAGAGCUCGGCUACAAACAGAAUCUGGUGAAUAUUCACGCCAGGUGGAUGAGAAAGAUGCUCUGAUUUCUCAGCUGUCAAGAGGCAAGCAGGCUUUCACCCAACAGAUUGAGGAACUCAAAAGGCAUCUAGAGGAAGAGAUAAAGGCCAAGAACGCCCUGGCCCACGCCCUGCAGUCCGCUCGCCACGACUGUGACUUGCUCCGGGAACAAUAUGAGGAGGAGCAGGAGGCCAAGGGGGAGCUGCAGAGAGCCCUGUCCAAGGCCAACAGUGAAGUGGCCCAGUGGAGAACCAAAUACGAGACGGACGCGAUUCAGCGCACGGAGGAGCUCGAGGAGGCCAAGAAGAAGCUGGCCCAACGUCUGCAGGAUGCAGAGGAACAUGUUGAGGCUGUCAAUGCCAAAUGUGCCUCCCUGGAAAAGACAAAGCAGAGGCUGCAGAAUGAAGUGGAGGACCUGAUGAUUGACGUGGAGAGAUCCAAUGCUGCCUGCGCUGCUCUGGAUAAGAAGCAGAAGAACUUUGACAAGAUCCUGGCAGAAUGGAAGCAGAAGUAUGAGGAAACGCAGGCUGAGCUGGAGGCCUCCCAGAAGGAGUCGCGCUCUCUCAGCACGGAGCUGUUCAAGAUGAAGAAUGCCUAUGAGGAGUCCUUGGACCACCUGGAGACAAUGAAGCGGGAGAACAAGAACUUGCAGCAGGAGAUUUCUGACCUCACGGAGCAGAUUGCUGAGGGAGGAAAGGCAGUUCAUGAGCUGGAGAAAGUCAAGAAACAGAUUGAGCAGGAGAAGUCUGAAAUCCAGGCUGCUCUGGAGGAAGCUGAGAACUCCCUGGAACAUGAAGAGGGGAAGAUCUUGCGGCUGCAGCUUGAGCUCAACCAGGUGAAGGCUGAGAUUGACAGGAAGAUAGCAGAGAAGGAUGAGGAGAUUGACCAGCUGAAGAGAAACCACCAGCGAGUUGUGGACUCCAUGCAGAGCACCCUGGAUGCUGAGAUCAGGAGCAGGAAUGAAGCCCUGAGGCUGAAGAAGAAGAUGGAGGGAGACCUGAAUGAAAUAGAAAUCCAGUUGAGCCAUGCCAACCGCCAGGCUGCAGAGGCACAGAAGAACCUAAGAAAUACACAGGGAGUGCUCAAGGACACCCAGAUCCAUCUGGAUGAUGCUCUCAGGACACAGGAUGACCUGAAGGAGCAGGUGGCCAUGGUGGAACGCAGAGCAAACCUGCUGCAGGCUGAAGUUGAGGAGCUCCGGGCAGCCCUGGAGCAGACAGAGCGGUCAAGGAAAGUGGCUGAGCAGGAAUUAAUGGAUGCCAGUGAGCGUGUGCAGCUCCUCCACAGCCAGAACACCAGUUUGAUCAACACCAAGAAGAAGCUGGAAACAGACAUUGCCCAGAUCCAGGGUGAAAUGGAGGAUACCAUCCAGGAAGCCCGCAAUGCUGAGGAGAAGGCCAAGAAGGCCAUCACAGAUGCGGCCAUGAUGGCAGAAGAGCUGAAGAAGGAGCAGGACACCAGUGCCCACCUGGAGAGGAUGAAGAAGAACCUGGACCAGACAGUGAAGGACCUGCAGCACCGUCUGGAAGAGGCUGAGCAGCUGGCACUGAAGGGAGGGAAGAAGCAGAUCCAGAAGCUGGAGGCCAGGGUGCGGGAGCUGGAAGGGGAGGUUGAUGCUGAGCAGAAGCGCAGCGCUGAAGCCGUGAAGGGUGUGCGCAAGUACGAGCGGAGGGUGAAGGAACUGACCUACCAGUCUGAGGAAGACAGGAAAAAUGUUCUCAGGCUGCAGGAUCUAGUGGACAAACUGCAAACUAAGGUGAAAGCUUACAAGAGACAAGCUGAGGAGGCUGAGGAGCUGUCCAACGUCAACCUGUCCAAGUUCCGCAAGAUCCAGCACGAGCUGGAGGAAGCCGAGGAGCGGGCUGACAUUGCAGAGUCACAGGUCAACAAGCUCCGAGCCAAGAGCCGGGAAAUCAGCAAGAAGGCAGAAAGUGAAGAGUAAAUGCCCCCAGUUCUUGUAAAGUGAGAGAAUUGCACAAAAUGUGACAUUCUAUCACUUUUAUUUUGUAGUCACUGCUUUGUCCUUCAUUAAUCUAUAGAUGA